GCAACGGCGGCCGGCCGGCAACCGGCCAGCUGUCAUUCGUCCGGAGAGCCAUGGACGCGGCCCACCGAGCGGCGUUGCUCGCCGUCUCCUGUCUCCACACGCCGGUCCACCCACGGACCCGAGUCCCGGUCGCGCGCUACGAGCGGGAGCCAGAGAGCCCCGCGGCUGGCCUUCGCGAGUGGCAGGACAAUUUCAGCCCUGGGAGGGAGCAGAGUUCCACUGCAUAUACUGAUUGUAAGGAAUGCAUAGACUUCUCUAAAAUGUAUCUUUCAAAUCAAGAAUAUUACCUAAAGUUGGAAGAGCUUAAAAAUGCUCAUAUGGAGACCAUGGCCAAACUAGAGAGCAUGUAUCAGACUAAACUCUAUCUAAAAGGAGUUCAGCCUUUAUCCAGCGUGGAUGUGAACCAUAGUAUGAGUUACAGGUCAACAUGGGACAAGAACAUUUUUCAGCUUCAAAAUUUGCAUAAAUCAGUUUCUGAGCCAGACUUAAGCAACUCUUUUAGUUCAAGUCUGUCUAAUAUAUCUCAUAAAGACUUAGAAGAAAAUGAUAGUGAAGAUGGAUUGCUAUUGUUUCAUAAUGAUCAAACUGACAAUGCAUGGGAUGGGUUAUCCCUGGAGGAUUAUUCCCUAUGUACCAAGAGUACUUUAUUCAAUCUACAUACUAUUAAAAAGUGCAGCAGGAAGAAGAAGAAAUGGUCCCCAAAAGUUACAGUCCCCAGGCCCUUCCAGAUGACUAUUCGAGAAGCUAAGAAAAAACAACAGAACAUCAAAUCAAAGUCACUGAUUGAACUGGAAAAUAACUUGCUGAAGAAACAGUUAGAGGAGGAAGCAGAGUGUCAAAAGAAAUUUCGAGCCAAUCCAGUGCCAGCUUAUGUCUUUGUCCCUCUCUAUCAUGAAAUAAUGCAGGAAAAUGAAGAACGUAGGAAAUCACUUAGAGAAAAGAGGAGAGAACUCCUUCUAUCCACACAAAAGCCUUUUCAGUUUAUUGAGAGAGAAGCACAGAAGAAAGAAAUGAGGAAACUACAACUGAACGACCUUUCCUCACCUCAAAAGGUGAAAGUUUUCAAAGCAAAGCCAGUUCCUAAAUUUGUCUACAGCUCAGAAAUUAAUGAGAAACUAAAGGAGGAAGAGCUGUAUAGAGAAAUUAGAAUUCAGAUGAGAUCAGAAGAGCUUCUACGUAAUUCCUCCCUUCCCAACACCAGGUUAGGAACAAGAGAAGCCAAUAAAUGUAGGCUUCAAAAACGUCUUGAACAAAGUAAAGAGCUGGAAUGCAAGUCAAAGCUCAAAACCAAGGUCCCAGAUUUUGAGACAUUACAUAAAAAAUUCCAGAAACAACUUCAGAGACGGAAGAACGUGAUGCCCAGCACAGUCUGUGAACCCUUCAGCCUCUGCACGGCAACUCUCCCUUCCAACAAAGAGAAGAUUCUUGAGGACAUCCAAAUGGAUGAAGAAAAGUUAAAAGAAACACGUUGGCCUUAUGCUUCUUUAAGAUGCAGCCCUCAGAUGAGGCGUCUGAGUGCAAGAUCAUCUUCAGGAUGUGAAGAAUCUAUAACUCCAAGGAUUACAGAAUCUACUAGAAGACGAUUACAAGCCAUUAGGGAAUCAGCUGAAGAAAGACGAAAGGUAGAGGAAGAGCAGAAAAGGAGGAGAGAAAGACAGAAACAGAGAGCAAAAGAACUGCAGAGACUUAUAUCCAUCCGGGCUGAGGCAAAUGAUCCGCAUCAGAGCUUAGCUCAGAUGUAUAAAUCGAAGUCAAAAACAUUCAGGAAGCAUGAGAAGCAGAGAAUGAAAGAAUAUCUGCAGGAACUGGAAGAAAUGGAAGAAAGGGUGGAAAAGAGGCCACUGUUGUUGGAACAAGUUACACAGAAAAAUGCACGGAUAGCAGCAGAAAAGCAUUACACUGAUAUACUUCGAGGGCUGGGCCUGUGUGAAGAGUUUGUUUCAAAGAAAGGCCACACUGCUGCAGAAAUUCUUUUGGAAAGCCAUGCUAGCAACGGUUCUGAAAUCGUUGGAGAAAAAGAUAUUGGAAGUGAUGAUGAGAACAAGUUAGAUGAAAACAAAUCUCAAGUAGGGAAGAAGUCACAAGUCCAGUCAGUUGAAUCGGAGGAGGAGGAGGAGGAGGCUGAGCAGAAGGGGAAAAAAACAGAAGAUGAGGAGGAGGAAGAAGAUGCAGAGCAGGAGAAGGACACUGAAGGGGAGGGAGAAGAGGAGGAGGAGGACGAGAAAGGAGAAGAUACAGAGCAGAAGAAGGACACAGAAGAGGAGGAAGGUGAAGAUGCUGAGGCUCAAUCAGAUCAGAGUGACCAAGAUGCUCAUGAGUAUGAAGAUGAAAAUUUUGAAGAAGGUUCGAUAGAAAAAUCCAGUGACAAUGAAAGCUAA